AUGUCGAAACCAGCGCGGACCAAAAAGAUGGAACCGUGGGAGAAGCCCGUCUUCCGCGGCUGCAAGAUUGCCAUAGCGGGCCAGCUAGAUGAGAACUGGACGGAGCCGCAGAUCGAGCGGUGGAUCAAGUACCGACAUGGCCAGCUGGUCGACAAGGUGGACGAUACGGUGACCCAUCUGGUGUGCUCCAAGGAGGAGUUUGACAAGGGAGGAACGGGUAUCUUUGGCCGAGUCGCGGAUGCCUAUCGAAUCAUGAAGGCCAAGAACAAGGGCAAGCGAGGCAGCAAGAACCUACACAAGAUAUUCAUUGUCAAGUCAGACUGGCUUGAAUUCAGCUGCCUCAAGGCAAAGAAACUGAGGGAGCUGGACUACGAAUGGAAUCGACCCGAGAAGAAGGAGAGCCAAAAGGCAGUGCAGGAAAAGAGGCUUGCCAAGGGCAAACAGUUGGAAGAGGAUGGCUUCGUCAACACCGAACUCAACCAUGUCUACACAGACAGCACCAGCUUCAAGUAUGAAAUCACUCUUGAGGGCAAGGACUCGAGCUGCUACACACUUUAUCUUUUCGAGUCCAACGCCACCCCUCGCCUGUACCACUUUGUAGCAAAGUUCAUCAAGAAGAAGCGCUCGCCACCUAACUACCACCGACCCUCGGCCACCCAGGGCUUGUUCCCUCGCGAGUUUGAUCUGCUCAAGGCCUUCUUCCGGUCCAAGACGGGCGUCGAGUGGGAAGACCGCCUGCGUGACUACCUUGUCCCAAAAGACGCCAAGUUUACUUAUACACCUCCGGUCGGAAAUGCACCCAAGGGUUCAAAGGAAGAGUUGCCGUAG